UACUGUUUACGUGCCAUUUAUAAAUAAACAAGAAAUCGGAGAGGACUUGCACACGUAUUAUGUGUGAUAAAAUGGAUUUGGAGAACGAGAGAGUACUAAAAUUGAUAUUUCCCGAUGGCGUUCCAGAGAAUUUACGGGGCAACCCGGAAUUGGACAACUACUUGAGUCAACUUGGCACUUACAAGAUUGAGCAGUUAAAGAAGGAGCAAACUCGUCUUGCUGAGGAGACCAAGAGUAUAUUGGAAAAAACCCAGGAUUUGGCCAUUUCAAACUACAAAACCUUCAUAACAACGGCGGAAAAUUCCCGUUCAAUUUUUAAUGAAUUCCAAAAGACAGAGGAGCAAGUGGGCACUCUGAUUGACAAGUUGCCCGCUUUCAGUGGCAAGUGCGAACAGUUCCUCCUAGAUUCGGCGGAUUUGAAUGAAGAGCGACGUUUAAAUUCCAUAACAUUACAAAAGAAUUCCCAAUUGCUGGAAAUUUUGGAAUUGCCACAAUUAAUGGAGCGAUGCAUAAGGGAGGGCCGCUACGAGGAGGCCUUGGAGCUGGCAAGCUAUGUGCAGAAAUUGGGCCAACAUCAAGGACACAUCAAUGUGGUGAAGGGUAUUGUCAGAUCCGUAGAGGCUUUGUGGCACACCAUGCUGGUCCAAUUGGUGGCGCAACUACGUUUGGACCUGCAACUACCCAAGUGUUUGCAGAUUGUGGGUUACCUGCGUCGCAUGCAGGCGUUCGGAGACAAUGAACUGAAGCUGAAAUUCUUGCAAGCUCGAGACUCCUGGCUUACCGCUUGCCUAGAGGCAAUACCUUUAAAAGACGCGCAACAACAUUUAACUAAGACCAUUGAAUUGACUCGCAUCAAUCUGUUUAAUAUUAUCACACAGUAUCGUGCUAUUUUUCCGCAGGAAGAAGAGCAGGAGGACACUAGAUCUUCAGCCAACUACAAGCCGCUGUACGGUGUUUCCUGCAAUGGGGAUCGCCUUUUUCAAGCUUGGCUUCACCAAAAAAUUAAUGCUUUUCUGUACACUCUCGAAUCGGAUCUGCAACGCUGCGUUAGCUCCAUCGAAACAGUUUUGGGGCAAUGCAUGUACUUUGGCCUUUCGUUUAGUCGUGUUGGAGCCGAUUUUCGUGGUUUAAUAGCGCCUAUUUUUGUACGUGUCAUCCAAAAGAAUUUCCAGUCAAACAUAGCCCAGGUCAAUGAACAAUUCAACCGGGAAUUGGAGAAGUACACGCUUAUUAACAAGGUCACUUUACUACACACGCGCAAACAAAUGGAUCCAACUGCCGCUUUAACUGAAUCGUUUGCUCCUCCUGAAACUCUAUUAGAUUUCUUUCCUCUUGCCGCUCUCUGUAAUGGAUAUCUGAAUGCCCUAAAUGAACUGCGCCUAUGUGCUCCGCAAGCACUAGCUCCCGAUGUUACCAAAAGUCUGCAAGAAUCCCUGGAAAUGGUGGCUCAACGUGUCCUGGCAUUCUAUCGUCAAGAGCAGCAGGCAUUUACCGGCAAUGAGCGUGAGACUUUCGUUAAGCUUUGCUCUUGCCUGGCCUAUGACCUUGUUCCUUACGUACAGCGUUGUAUUCACGGUGUAUUUCCUCCACAAACGUUAACAGUUCAUCUGGGUAUAAGUCUUUUGCAAUUGGAACAUCAGCAACUUACCUAUUUGCAACAGGCUGACAUAUUGAAGCCUCUUAAGCAUUUACUACCCAACAAGGUGAUAGUGCAAUCCACAUCAUCUGCUACAGAAGCGACUGUAGCUGUUCCCAUUGCAACAGAAGGAUGAGACCUUACCUUAUAUACAUUUGUAUUUAUUCCAAAUAGAAUUUUUCAAUUAAAUUGAACAAUUGUAUUAAAUGCUAGUUUAAUAAAAACAUAUAUUUUGUGCAUUAAA